CCACCUUUCCUCCUCAAGUCGAACGCCCAAAUUCGCGGUCACUUGGGUCUUCAAAUGACAUUGCUACAUCGGGGAACGCUCAGGCUUGCUGCCCAACGUUCAGGGAAAUGGCGAGCCGCCAGUCAAACCCUCCGUUCAGCGUCCACCAAAGCCUCGUCGACACCUGGCGCGACGCUGAGGACUGUAGCCUAUGCUGGUGUCUUUGCGGUCUCCGCUGGAUUGUUCUCUAUUUAUUACUUCGACUCUCGGUCGGCCAUUCAUCGAUACGUGCUCACACCUGUUCUUCGAAAUGUCUGUGAUGCGGAAGCGGGUCAUAAGCUAGCGGUGAAAGCCCUCAAGUAUGGCCUCGCUGCGAAGGAUAGAGUGGAGGAUGAUCCUAUUCUGAGAGGAGAGAUUUGGGGUCAGGAAGUGAACAACCCGGUUGGUGUCGCAGCCGGAUUCGACAAGGACGGAGAGGCUAUUGACGGCCUGUUCGAUCUUGGUUUCAGCUGGGUGGAGAUCGGAAGUGUCACGCCCAAGCCCCAGCCCGGAAACCCAAAACCCCGCGUGUUCCGACUUGAAGAGGACCAAGCAAUUAUCAACCGUUACGGCUUCCCUUCGCAGGGACACUCCUACGUUCUCUCUCGACUGCAAGAGCGUCUCCCUCCCUACGAACCCCAGGCAGAACAGGCAUCCUUGCGCAAGGGCGACAUCCUCGCUGUUAACCUUGGCAAGAAUAAGGAGUCUCCGGCUGAUUCCAUCGACGACUUUGUCAAGGGAGUAAACACCUUUGGACCCUACUCUGACGUACUGGUGAUCAAUGUGUCCAGUCCCAAUACCCCAGGGCUCCGUGGCCUUCAAAACCGCGAUUCCCUCGAAGAACUGCUACAAGGUGUAACCAAGGCCAGAGACGCCCUCGCUCCCUCCCCAAUUACCUCCAAACGACCCAAGCUCCUGUUGAAGUUGGCUCCCGACCUGAACGAAUCGCAGCUUGUUGAGAUUGCUGAAGUCAUUCGACAAAGCAAGAUCGACGGCGUCAUUGUGAGCAACACCACCAUCCAGCGACCCAAGCACUUGAUCAAUGCCAGCAAACAGGAAGCCGGUGGACUCUCAGGCCCACCCGUCAAACCCUACUCUCUCCUUGCACUCAAGACCCUCCGUGAGCAACUUCCAGCUUCAAUUCCUCUGAUCGGUUGCGGCGGUAUCUGGACUGGAAAGGAUGCGCUUGAUUUCGCCAAAGCAGGUGCUUCGCUCGUCCAACUCUACACCAGCUUCGGCUACGACGGUGUCGGUACUCCUCGCCGAAUCAAGGACGAACUUGUUGAGGAACUCAAGAAAGAGGGUAAAACGUGGAAUCAGAUUGUCACCGAGUCUGUCGACAAGCUCAGUUUGAAGGGAUCACCUCCCACCGGGGAGAUUCAAAAGGGGGAGGCUGCUGUAGGACAGCUUGUUGCUGAAGCAGAGCACUUGAAAGGUCUUUUGGACAAACUUGGGGAUGAAAUUGAGAAAAAGGCUCCCCUUCCUGGCGACCAUUCGAUAGAGCAGGGGGAGGUUCAAGCUUCGAAUAUCUCAUAG